GCGCUGACUCCAGGUUUACUAUAUAAGUAUAGGUGACUGUUGGCCGGGGACCUCAGGAGUACACCAUGAUACGUCGAGUUACUACGUCACUUCUCGUCCUCCUGGCGACAGGCUGGGUGGCAGCUCAGUCCAAGCUGGACAUGGAUCCAGAAUUCUAUUGUACUGGCGACCGUAGUAAUGAGUACUUCAGAAAAGAUUUUGGACCCCCAGACCAAUUUGCUGAUCUUUACAAAGCCAACUGCGGCAUCUACUACCUCUGCAUCGCCGGUUCUCCUGCGUCUACAAAGACGAUCACUCAGAACCAGUGCCAGACUGAACUUUACUUUGACAUUCAGCAGCAGAUCUGUGACCGCAAAAGGCAGGUCACGAACUGUGAAGUAAUUACCAAGAAGCACCCCCCACAGCCCAUAUGGCCAUUACCGGAGGGUGCGGUAUCAAAUUGCCCCGGGGAUGAGAUCGAGUGUGGGUCAGGGGAGUGUAUGCCCAAGAAUCGGUUUUGUGACGGUACUCCAGACUGUGCCGAUGACUCCGACGAGAACGCCUGCACCCCCGACAAGGAUCCCAACCGCGCUGACGUGUGUGACCCUCGCACCUGCCAGUGGGAUCAAGGCUGCUUCUGCUCCGUCGACGGCACCCUCAUCCCUGGUGGCCUCACCGUGGACCAAACUCCCCAGAUGAUCACCAUCACUUUCACCGGCGCCAUCAACGAGCGGAACUUCCGCAUCUUCCAAGACAUCUUCAAAGAUACCGUCAAGCACAAGGGCAACGAAUGUACUCCCAAGGGCACCUUCUUCGUCUCCCAUGCCUUUACUAACUACUCGGCUGUCCAGGAGCUGCAUCGUGUAGGACAUGAGAUCGGCGUCAGCUCCAUCACCAAUAACGACAACCCAAACUACUGGAGUGGCCUUUCCUCCCUCGACUAUGAGUCAGAGAUGGAUGGUGCUCGUAUCAUCGUCGAAAAAUUCGCUAAUAUCUCUGCCAACGAGAUCUUGGGACUGCGUGUUCCCAAGCAGCGAGUUGGUGGCAACAAACAAUUCCGCAUGAUGGUUGACUGGGGUUUCUUGUAUGACUCGUCCAUUUCUGCCCCCAUGGGCCGCCUGCCCCUGUGGCCCUACACCCUCAUGCAUCGUAUGCCCCACAAGUGUCUGGGUACUGACCAGAACUGCCCCUCCCAGAACUUCACUGUGUGGGAGAUGGUGGUCAAUGAGCUUGACCGUCGUGACGACCCACAGUUCGACGAGAAACUAACUGGUUGUCACUUCGUGGACCAGUGCGCCAACCUCCAGACCCCCAACCAAUUCCGCAGGUUCCUCGACAACAACCUCGCCCGCCACUUCCGAACCAACCGUGCCCCUCUCGGUCUUCAAUUCACAUCUGCCUACUUCGAGACUCGUCGUGACUUCCUCAAGGUGUUAGUAAAGUGGGUGAGAGAAACUGCCGAGGCCGGAGAUUACUACUUUGUCACCAUGCAACAAGUCAUCAACUGGAUGGAAGCCCCAACUGAGAUCGCCGCAAUAAAAGACUUCCAAGAAUGGAAGGGUAAGUGCGAUGUAAAGGGUCAGCCAUACUGCUCCCUGCCCAACCCUUGCAACAAAAAGGUACCUCGCAUCUUCCCCAACGAACAGGAGAUGUUCCUCUACACCUGCAUGGAAUGCCCCAGAACCUACCCCUGGCUCGGUGAUCCCCUUGGCAAUGGUUUCCUCGACUUCAAUAAUUUCUAAACAUCCAACUAUUACUUAUCUGUCUCUUAAAUCUCUCAGCAAAUUUCUCACUCCUCAGUAACAUUAGCAAUGCUCUCUUGAACAUUACUACAAUAAUCAUUCUUUUCUAGUCUCGUUUCCAUGGCAUCUGUGCAGGUUGACUUUUCGUGUCCUGCAGGCGCUUGGAUAGAAGACUUUACGAAUAAACACAAUUACUUGGAUCUUUGUGACUGUUCCAUGAAGCACUCGGCGUAUCAGUCCUCUUAAGUAUCCUCAUGUAGACAAUCAGAUAACUUAAUAGUCGGUAAAGAUUUCCGGGGCGGCGAGAUACUGACAAAUAAACCAGUCCAGCCUCACUGGGUACAUGAAGACCAGGGAACUAUUCCUGGGCGAUGUUUUCCUUGGUGCCAUUAGAAAGUAUUACUCCUGGGUACUCUUCCUGGCUACUGUCUGUGCGUGCUACCCCCGGCGAGCAUCCCUAAUUACCACAAGUACACCCCGAACUACCAUCAAUAGCAAGCUCUUCACCUACUGUCCCCCUGCAAAUUUCCCCACCUCUCAUCCCCAGCACGCUAACACCCUCCCACCAACUAUGUGUAGGUCCCAUGGCUAGGUAGAGUGCCCAGGCGUCGUCCCCAGUGUGAAUGGUGGCGUGAUAGUCCCUAUUGCUGUAUUUUUAUCAGUGUUGGUAACCUCCUUGUACACGUGGCUAUCACUGUUGUAUUAUAGUGUACAGAUAUUUUUUUUGUUAUUCGUUUAAAGUAUUUCCAAUUAAAAUAAACACAUGUGU